AUGCAGGACUUUGUGGACAGGAAGCUGGUAGUACGCAUUCGAGGUGGAGAGUGUGUGCUGGGUGGCGGACAGGGCUGUCUGAGAGAGAUGUCUGUCACCGCUCUACGUACCACAGUGACCAUCACCGACACAGGUGCAGUGACACUGAAUGGCCAAAGGGAGGCGCUGCCAGUGGUGACUGGGGACUUGGUGGUGCGGAGGUCCUCAUCCUCCUUCCUGGUGGUCCAGACGUUCGGUGCACAGCUCCUGUGGCAUCUGGACGGGCCCCUGGCCCUCAUCACCUUGCAGCCUGGCUUUGCUCACAAGAUCCGAGGGUUGUGUGGUACAUUGACCUGGAAUCAGCAUGAUGACUUCACCACUCCCGAGGGGGACGUAGAGAACACUGUCUCCUCCUUCGCUGCUAAGUUCACCACAGGGGACUGUCUUCCCCCCCAGGAUGCUCCGCCGGACCCCUGUGGCUCCUACAGCCAGAGGAGACAGUAUGCAGAGGGUGUCUGUUCUGUCAUACACAGCCCUGUGUUCCAGGCCUGUCAUGACAUGGUGGAGAGGGAGCCCUACAUGCGUCUGUGUCUGACCGAGGUGUGUGGCUGUGGCCCCCAGAGGCCCUGCCAGUGUACUGUCCUCACCGCCUACUCCCGCCACUGUGCCCAGGAGGGCGUGCCUGUCAGCUGGCGCAACCACACCUUCUGCCCGGUGCAGUGUUCAGGGGGACAGGUGUACCAGGAGUGUGGUCGGCCAUGCGGUGGUUCCUGUACUGACCUCCGGCAGGGCUGGAGCUGUGAGCUGAGCAACCGGAGCUGCGUGCCAGGCUGCCAGUGCCCUCCAGGCCUGGCACAGGAUGACAAGGGCCAGUGUGUGCCCGUCUCCAUGUGCCCAUGCAUGCGGGGAAACAAGCUGUACCAGCCUGGUAGUACCGUCCAUAACAACUGCAACACCUGUGUGUGUGAGCGUGGGGUAUGGAACUGCACAAAGGAGGUGUGUCCAGAGGUAGCCCAGUGUCCAGGCUCUCUGGUCUUCUCUCCCCGCUCCUGUUUACUCACCUGCUCCAGUCUGGACGCACCGGGACAGGCAUCCCCUGGACCCCCAACCUCCCCCUGCCAAGAGCCACGGGCAGGCUGUGUCUGCCCCCAGGGGACCGUCCUGCUGGGUAAUCACUGUGUCCUCCCAGAGCAGUGUCCGUGUCACCAUAAUGGUCGACUGUACUACAACAAUGACACAAUCACCAAAGACUGCAACACGUGCAUAUGCAAGGAGCGCCGCUGGCACUGCGGCCAGUCCCUAUGUGCGGGGACCUGCGUGGCAACGGGUGACCCUCACUAUGUGACGUUCGACGGACGCUGCUUCUCCUUUCUGGGCGACUGUGAGUAUGUGCUGGCGCAGGAAGUGGGCGGUCUGUUCAGUGUGACGGCGGAGAACGUGCCCUGUGGCAGCACGGGGGUCACCUGCACCAAGUCAGUCAGCCUCAGUGUGGGCAACACCGCCAUCCACCUGCUAAGAGGUAAAGCCGUGACAGUGAAUAGCAUGCCUGUGACUCUCCCGAAGUCGUACUCUGGCAGCGGUCUGACUCUGGAGAGAGUGGGUCUUUUUGUGUCCCUCUCCUCCCGCCUGGGGGUCACUCUGCUCUGGGACGGAGGCAUGCGUGUAUACGUGCGUCUCGCGGCUCAUCUGAGAGGGCGAGUGGGGGGCCUGUGUGGGAACUUUGACGGGGACACAGAGAAUGACUUCACCACGCGUCAGGGUAGCGUGGAGUCUACAGCCGAGCUGUUUGGCAACUCCUGGAAGGUCAGCCCCUCCUGCCCAGAUGUUCAAGACCAGGACCUUCGAGACCCAUGCACUAUCAACCCUCACAGGGUGACGUGGGGGAGAAAGAGGUGUGCUGUCAUCACCCAGGACCUAUUUUCUCUGUGCCACCCUGAGGUGCCCUACCAGCAGUACUAUGACUGGUGUGUCUUUGAUGCUUGUGGAUGUGACUCUGGGGGGGACUGUGAGUGUCUGUGUACAGCCAUCGCUGCCUACGCUGAGGAGUGUAACCGGCGUGGUGUCUACAUCCCCUGGCGGUCCCAGGAACUCUGCCCCCUGCAGUGUGAGAAUGGUCUGGUUUAUGAGGCCUGUGGGCCGGCUUGUUCUCCCACCUGUCCCAGUGAAGCCCAGAGCCCUGACUCCCAGUGUGGAGCCUUCUCCUGCGUGGAGGGCUGCUUCUGCCCUGCGGGCACUCUCCACCACAGUGAAGGCUGCGUGGCGCCCUCACUCUGUCCGUGUGAGUGGGCAGCCUCUGUUUUCCCACCCGGGGCCAGCAUCACCCAGCAUUGCCAGAACUGCUCAUGUACUGAGGGCUUAUGGCAAUGUGAGGGCUCCCCGUGCCCACCUCCCUCCCCCUGUCAGGAGUCAGAGUUCCUGUGCACGGGGGGGCGCUGCGUCCCCUCCCUAUGGGUGUGUGACAACGAGGACGACUGCGGUGACGGCUCUGACGAGCUGUGCCCAUCAACCUGUGCCCCGGGGCAAUACCGCUGUGCCAGCGGGCCCUGUGUGGACCUGGCGUUGCGCUGUGACGGGCAUCCGGACUGUGCCGACCAAUCAGACGAGGAGUUCUGUGGGCCUGCCACCCCUGUGCCCCUGUGCCCGCUGGGGGAGUUCCAGUGUGCCAGCGGGCGCUGCCUGCCCGCCAGCCGCGUGUGUGACGGACACCUGGACUGUGGGUUCGCUGACGGGUCUGACGAGCAAGAGUGCGGGGUGGUGUGUGGCCAGGGGGAGUUCCUGUGUUCAGGGGGACUCUGUGUGCUCUACCUCCACCGCUGCGAUGGCCAUGAUGACUGUGGGGAUCUGAGUGAUGAGAGGGGGUGUGUGUGCGCCCCGGGAGAGUUCCAGUGCCCUGGGGACCAGUGUGUCCCCGCAGACAAGGUGUGUGACGGCCACAAAGACUGUCCCUCUGGCACCGAUGAAGCCGUCUGUUCAACCGAAGUGACCUGUGCCCCUGGUCAGUUCCUGUGUGCUGAUGGCACCUGUGUGACACUCACCAAGCUAUGUGACGGGGUGACAGACUGCCAGGGCGGAGAGGACGAGGACCAGAACAACUGUCAACCAGUCACCAUGGCCCCAGUUACCAUAGCAACGCCCAUCAACCCGAUUUCACCCACUUCUGCCUGCCAGUCUUAUGAGUUUGCCUGUGCCAAUGGGCAGUGCGUGCCCCGGGCGUGGCACUGUGACGGGGAGACAGACUGUUUGGACGGGAGUGACGAGCAGGGCUGUCCCCGGUUGUGUGGCCCAGGCCAGGUGCCAUGUCGCAGUGGUGACCAGUGUGUGGACUACCAGCAGCUAUGUGAUGGGAUACCUCAGUGUAGGGACGCCUCCGACGAGAGCGUGGAUGACUGCGGCUCUACAAGGAUCCCACCUUGCCCUGGGAGCUUUCCAUGUGACAACCGCACGUGUGUGAACGCGACUCAAGUGUGCAACGGUGUAGCCGACUGUCCACACGGAGAGGAUGAGCUGGUGUGUGAUAAGACCAGCCCAUCCCCUGCUCUCCCUGGCGAUAAGAACAACAGUCACAUCUGUCCUGAGUUCACCUGCCUGGACGGAUCGUGUGUCUCCUUCAAAGCAGUGUGUAAUGGCAUGGCAGACUGUGCUGACUCCCUGCUGGGGCCCUUAGGGGGGCCCUCUGAUGAGCAGGGCUGUAGGAGCUGGGCCCCUUGGGGCCCCUGGAGUCCCUGUAGCCUCUCCUGUGGGACAGGCUCCAUGAGCAGGCAGAGACUCUGCCCCCUGGGGGACACCCUGGGUCAGUGCAGAGGGGACGACACCCAGAGACAGCAGUGUUUCAGCACGUCAUGUCCUGUGGAUGGGCACUGGUUGCCGUGGGUGACGUGGUCUAACUGCUCUAAGGAUUGUGGGGGUGUGGAGGUAAGGCAAAGGGGAUGCAUCCCACCCCAGAAUGGGGGCAGAGAUUGCACCCAGCUCCCUGGAGAAUCUAACCUGGCCACAGAAAUCAAGCCUUGCCCUCAAGAUGGCUGUGCCAACAUCACAUGUCCUAGUGGCCUGGUGAGACUCAGCUGUGCCCCCUGCCCAGUGUCCUGUGCCCACAUCAGCAGUGGCUCUGUCUGUGACCCGACUGCACCAUGUUUCUCAGGUUGCUGGUGUCCAGAGGGUCGGGUGAUGAACCAUGCCCAGCAGUGUGUGUUGCCGGAGGAGUGUGUGUGUGAGGUGGCCGGGGUGCGGUACUGGCCUGGACAGCAUGUCAAGAAGGACUGUGAGAUCUGUACGUGUGAGAGAGGCAGACCUCAACACUGCCAGCCGAACACCGAAUGUACAGUCCACUGUGGUUGGUCGACGUGGUCAGCUUGGGGGGAGUGUUUGGGACCGUGUGGGGUCCAGAGUGUCCAGUGGUCCUUCCGCAGUCCCAACAACCCUAGUAACCAUGGCAAUGGGAGAAAGUGCAGAGGCAUCUACAGGAAAGCUCGCCGCUGUCAGACAGAGCCCUGUGAGGAGUGUGAGUUCCAUGGCCAGUCCCAUGCAGUUGGGGACCGAUGGAAGGCGGGCCAGUGCCAGCUGUGCCACUGUCUACCCAACCUCACAGUGCAGUGUGCCCCCUACUGCCAACAUGCUGCCACUGGCUGCCCCCAGGGUCAGAGUCUGGUUCCAGGGGAAGGUGACAAGUGUUGUUAUUGUGAAGGUGAGCAUGGCACCAUUUCAGUGGCAACGACACCUGCUACUGUGUCAGUGAGUGUCCAACCCUCCACCCCAACAGAUGGCAGUAUACCCUUGGUCCCCACGUAUCCCCUUCCACCUGGAGAGGAGUGCUGGUCACCCCUGGGGGUCCAAUCUCUCCCUGACUCCAGCUUCAGUGCCUCCUCACACCAGUGGGGUCACCCUCCACGAGCAGGGCGUCUGUACGCACGGGACCCCCAUAAGGACCUGCAGGGCUGGAGCCCUGACACAGAGCAGUACAGGAACCUUCCUACAGGGGCCCCCGAGGGCCACAGUGGAGCUGUGCAAGCCCCAUAUCUCCAGCUGGACCUGCUAAGACCCCACAACAUCACUGGUGUGCUGACUCAAGGGGGAGGUGUGUUUGACACCUACGUGUCCAGUUUCUACCUGCAGUUCAGUAACGAUGGCAGACAGUGGUACACCUACCAGCAGCUGAUUGCUGAUGCCCGCCCCAGAGCCAAGGUGUUCUUGGGUAACCGUGACGACCGGAGUGUGUCCUACACCAGGCUGGACAGGAUGGUGUCGGCUCAGUUUGUGCGUGUGUUGCCUCACGACUUCCAGAACGGGAUCUACCUCCGCUUGGAACUCAUGGGCUGUGAAAAUGGUUCCCGCAGGCUAUCCACCCCCUCUCCUCUCUCUCCUCUCUCUCCGGUCACCCCGGCCCGGCCCUGCAGAGAUAGAGAGUUUCAGUGUGGUAACGGGCGCUGUGUCCCCACGGGGCCCAAGGGGGUUGUAUGUGAUGGGGUCAAUGACUGUGGGGACGGAUCUGACGAGCUCCGCUGUGGUACUCAGCCCUCCCCUACACCUACAAGCCCACGGGGCUGUCCCAGAGGUCAGUACUCCUGUCCGCCACCUGGGGGCUGUAUUGAUGCAGCCCUGCGCUGUGACGGAAUCCCACACUGUCCCAAUGGAGAGGACGAGAUAGGAUGCUACCCUCACGAUCAAACCACCCAGGCAGAGAGGUCUAACAGUCCCACACCAGCUCCUCUAAGGACCCCUAGUAUGGCCGCUGUCACUCUGCAUAAGACUACCCCUACACCAACAGCAGGUGGCCCUGGGUAUAAAGGCAUCUGUUCCUCUGCACUGGGAUUGGAGGACGGGAAGAUUCGCUAUGGUCAGCUGACUUCAUCCACCCACCGUGAGAACAACCCUGCGGAUGCCGGGCGCCUCAACAUUGUGCCUAACGUUCUGAUCAUGGAGCCUGGAUGGAGCCCCCUGCCAGGCGACCUUCAGCCCUACCUCCAGGUGGACCUCCUAGAGCCCACCUGGGUGUCUGGCGUGGUGACCCAGGGCACUGAGAGGAUGUGGGGCUACCUUUCCAAGUACCGCCUGGCCUUCGCCCUGGUCCAGAGCCACUUCACUGACUACACCGAGACUGGAGAGAGGGGCAGUCCUGCCAAGGUGUUUGAGGUGCGGAUGGUGGGCAGGACCCCGGUGACGCGUUGGCUUGGGAGGCUGGUCCGAGCUCGCUACCUCCGCAUCAUCCCAGUAGAGUUCCGACACACUUUCUAUCUCCGUGCAGAGAUCCUAGGCUGUAAAGGGGAGGAAUUGGUGACCCCUAGCAGCGCCACGACUCCCCGUGGUGGUGGUGUGGUGACAGUGAAGCGCUGCUACCCUGGCCAGUUUACCUGCCGCAGUGGGGAGUGUGUUCCUGUGUCUGCGCUGUGUGACGGCCGACUGGACUGCGAAGACCACUCUGACGAGAUCAACUGUGGCACAGUGCCCACCAGGGGUCAACCCGGGGUACACACCAAGGAACCCCAGGAUGGCCGCCCUGGCAUUGCCACCACGGGUACCCCGGGUCUCAGUCCUGACAGUUCUGGGGGAACAGGGUACCCAGGGGUUCAUGGGUUCACCACCCCCAGGCCAGGUCAGUGGACAUCCAGGUCCACUGGGUACCCAGGGAUUGGGACCAGCACCCUCCACCCCGGAAUACCUGGACUGCAGUCUACAACAGCUCUCUGGGUUACCACGACCGCCCAUGAUGGAGGCCUACCCAGAGUCCUGUGUGUGGAGGGCCAGUUCUCCUGCAGGCUGUUUGGCUGUGUGGAUGCUGCGGUGGUGUGUGAUGGUCACCAGGACUGUCUGGAUGGCUCUGACGAAGACCACUGUGGUACUACACCAAGGCCAACAGUAAUGACACAGCGCCCCCUAGUGCCCAGCCCAUGCUCCCCCAAGCAGUUCUCCUGUGGCAGCGGGGAGUGUGUGCACCUUGACAAGAGGUGUGACCUGCACAGGGACUGUGCUGACGGAUCAGACGAACGAGACUGUGUAAACUGUAUCAUGUCAGCAUGGACGGGCUGGAGCCAGUGCAGUGUGACAUGUGGCCUGGGUUCCCUGUUCCGCCAGAGGGAGGUCCUGAGAGAGGCGCUGGCCGGGGGAACGUGUGGGGGCGCCCAGUUUGACAGCCGAGCAUGCUUCCCUAAGGCGUGUCUCGUGAACGGUCAGUGGUCAGAGUGGACGGGCUGGUCCCUGUGUGACACGCAGUGCGGGGGAGGGCUGAGGGGGAGGAACCGGACCUGCUCCAAUCCUCCCCCUAAGAACAGGGGGCGUGACUGUGAUGGGAUGAGACUGCAGACCCAGAGCUGUAACAGCCAGCCCUGUGGCCCCAACACAGACUCACAGACAGGCUGUACUAAAGGCAUGGUGGUGGUAAGAGAGGCUGACUGCCAGUCUGGUAGAGUGGAGCCAUGUCCCCCCACCUGUUCACACCUACACUACCCCAACUGCACCUCCCAAUGCAUCACAGGUUGUCGUUGUCCGGCUGGUUUGUUUCUACAGGAUGGCCGGUGUGUGAACGCCAGUCAGUGUGGGUGCCACUGGGAGGGACUGCCACUGCAGCCUGGACAAGUGAUCAGCAAGGACAACUGCAGCACAUGUGUGUGUGAAGAUGGACGUGUCUCAUGUGACAACUCCAGCUGUGUGGCGAGCUGUGAUUGGUCAGCCUGGUCCUCCUGGACAUCAUGUGACAGCUCCUGUGGGGUUGGACUACAGCAGCGCUAUAGGUCCCCUGUGAGCCCAGCAGGAGUGGCGAGAGUCGAGCCCUGUCCUGGGGACUCCUCAGAGGCUCGUCAGUGCUUCACCCCCUGUCCCCCUAGUAAGGAUGAGGCGGUGUGGGGGAAGUGGACGGCCUGGUCAGAGUGCAGCAAGACCUGUUUCCACCACGUGGACGAGGUGGGGCUGAGAAGGAGGUUCCGCACCUGUAACAUACCCACCAACACACACAGCUACGCACGCACCAACACACCCAGCUACACCCGCACCAACACACACACCGACUGUGAGGGGGACGCAGAGGAUCAGGAGCCCUGUAACACCGUGCACUGCCCAGUGAAUGGUGGCUGGUCGGAGUGGUCCCCAUGGUCCCUGUGCUCGUCAGAGUGUGACUCGGGGGCUCAGACCAGAGAUCGCUUCUGCAGUUCUCCUCCUCCACAGCACGGGGGCAGCACCUGCCCAGGGCCUCACAUCCAGACCCGAGACUGCAACUCCCACCCCUGUUCAGGAGUGUGUCCAGAGGGCAUGGCCUACAUGAGCAAGGAGCAGUGCCAGGCUCACGGUGGUGCGUGCCCACGCGUGUGUAUGGACAUGACAACACAGGUGGAGUGUGCCACGGAGUGUUACGACGGAUGCUACUGUGUCCUGGGACUCUACCUACUCAACAGCACUUGUGUGCCCCUCACCCAGUGCCCAUGCUACCACCAUGGAGAGAUGUACCCAGGAGGAGCUAGUGUGAAACUGGACGACUGCAACAACUGCACAUGUCAUAAUGGAGAGAUGGUGUGUGGAACAGCACCCUGCGCUGUGGACUGUGGCUGGAGCAGCUGGACCCAGUGGAGCGCCUGCAGCAGGACGUGUGACGUGGGCGUGAGGAGGAAGUACCGCUCGGGGACCAAUCCACCGGCUGCGUUCGGGGGGCGUGUCUGCAGGGGCGACAGGGUGGGGAUGGACACUUGCAGUCUGGAGCCCUGUCAGGGUGUGAAGGAGCCAUGGAGUGCAUGGUCAGAGUGUUCGGUGACGUGUGGAGGGGGGUACAGGAACAGGACACGGGGGCCCCAAAGAACCCAUGGUACUGCCCAGCAGUUCUCUGCCUGUAACCUGCAGCCCUGUGGUGAUGGGACGGGCUGUCCUGGGGGACAGGUGUGGACGGUGUGUGUGAAGGGGCCGGUUACCUGCUCUGACAUCAGUAUGGAUUAUGAGAGGAAUUGUACACCGGGCUGUCAGUGUCCACACGGCACUGUCCUGCAGGAUGGCAAGUGUGUGUGGGUGUCUCAGUGUCGCUGUGAUGUGGAUGGGGAGCAGUAUGAACCUGGUGAUGUCGUACCCAGGGACUGCAACAACUGCACAUGUGAUUCUGGGAGGCUGGCAAACUGCACUCAACUCAACUGUAAUGUGGACGGUCAGUGGUCUUCCUGGACCCCCUGGGGUCAGUGUUCAGUGAGGUGUGGACCAGGUCUCCAGUCCCGCUAUAGGUUCUGUUCUAGUCCCCAGCAGUCUGGGAGUGGUCUGCCCUGUAUCGGACCCGACCACCAAGACCAGCUGUGUAUGACUGCUCCCUGUGAUCGUAAUGGUGGCUGGGGGGAGUGGAGCAACUGGACAGACUGCACCAAGUCAUGUGGUGGGGGUGUUCAGAGCAGACGCCGGGAUUGUGAUAGCCCCAGUCCAGAGGGAGAGGGGGACUACUGUGAGGGGCUUGGCACAGAAGUAAUCUCCUGCAACACUGACCACUGUCCAGUUGCGCCUUGCUCUCAAGUCCCUGGCACAGUGUUCAGUAGCUGUGGCCCCUCGUGUCCUCGCUCCUGUGAUGACCUGUCUCACUGUGACUGGCUCUGUGAGGCGGGGUGUUACUGCACGGAGGGCAAGGUGCUGUCUUCCGACGGGAGGUCCUGUGUGGAGAGAGAGGAGUGCCCCUGUCUGGACCUCAACACCGGCUUGAGGUUGUACCCUGGAGAAAGCACCACUGCCCCCGACGGCUGCAACAACUGUACCUGCGAAGGAGGGAGGCUCAACUGCACCAGUGACCCAUGUCCAGUGUCAGGUGGGUGGUGUGAGUGGUCUGGCUGGAUCUCCUGCUCUAAGACAUGUGGGGCAGAGUGGGUGUCCAGAUAUCGCAGCUGUGGCUGUCCAGAGCCCAAGGCGGGAGGAGCCCCCUGCCAGGGGGAACAGGAAGUACAUGGUGGGGUGGGGGCACAGAUCCAGAGACAACCCUGCCCUGUGGUCACUUUCUGCCCAGUCCAUGGUUCGUGGAGCCUGUGGUCGGGCUGGUCAGAGUGUGAUGGCUGUGAGGGGGUGUCUGUGAGGACCAGGGAGUGUAACAGUCCUCCUGCCAGGUUCGGGGGUCUGCCCUGCCACGGGGAGAGCCGGCAGAGCCGCGGCUGCCAAGACAACGUCACCAUCUGCUCAGAAUGUGGUGGCGUGCAGGUGGACUGGCCAUGUGGGAAGCCCUGUCCACGCUCCUGCUCUGAUCUCCAUGGCGACACAGAGUGUCUGGACACGGCGGAGUGCAGUAUGACCUGUGGUUGCCCGGGUGAUCUCGUACUACAGGAUGGCCAGUGUGUGGAAAAGGAGGAAUGUCGCUGUAAAUACCACAACAGCACUACUGGUGGGCUAGACUCUAGUAACACCUCGUGGGCAUGGCCUGGUAGAUCAGAUUGGCAGUUCGCAAAUCCAGGAGAGACCAUCAUCGCUGAUUGUAAAAACUGCACCUGUGAGGCGGGUGUUCUCCACUGCCAAUCAGUCCCUGGUUGCCAUGUCGAUGGUAGCUGGAGCCAAUGGGGAGGCUGGUCAGAGUGCUGCCCCUGCGGGGGUGGAGUCAAGCUCCGCAUGCGUCAGUGUGAUAACCCCGCCCCUCAGAGCGGUGGGAGGGGCUGUGCAGGCAUGUCUGAACAGCAGAGAGAGUGCAACAACCACACCUGUACAGACUCUGGCCUCUGGCCGACCUGGUCCCCCUGGUCCUCCUGGUCUGUGUGCUCAGUGAGCUGUGGAGGAGGGGAACAGUCUCGUACCCGUCUCUGCAGCUUCCCGCCCUGCUCUGGCAUGAGGAGGCAGAGCAAGACGUGUAACACCCAGGUCUGUCUCGAGGUGGGUUGCCCUCCGGGUCGUCUGUAUAGGGAGUGUGAGAGGGGUGAGGGAUGCCCCUUCAGUUGUGCCCAGGUCAGCGGGCGAGAGGGCUGCUACUCUGAGGGCUGCGAGGAGGGGUGCCACUGCCCCCUGCAGACCUUCCAGCACAACAGAGCCUGUGUACAGGAGUGCCCCUGCCUGGUGGACAAGGAGCUCUUGACCUCACUACAGAAUGUGUCUGUGACCCCAUUGUUGGCAAACCAUAACCUAACCCAGGGGGAUGAGUUCCAGUCUGGGGAAACGUUCAUACAAGACUGCAGUGUCUGCGGGUGCCAACAUGGUUUGUGGAACUGUUCCUUGGAACCGUGUCCCGUAGACGGGGGUCUGUCCCCCUGGGGCCCUUGGAGCCCCUGCUCCCUGUCCUGUGGGGGCCUGGGCCUGAAAACCCGCAACCGAGCCUGCAGCCACCCGGCACCGGCCUACGGGGGACGAGACUGCCUGGGGCCCCAGCAAGAGAGCACCUACUGCCAGGCUAUGGACUGCCCAGUGAUCAUCGGCCCCACAGAAGAGCCCUCUCUACCAGAUGAGGAUGCAGGGUUCUCUCAGUGGUCGUCGUGGACCUCCUGCUCUCGGUCGUGUAGCGAUUCCCUGACACCGGCCCUCAAGUCCCGUCAGAGGCGGUGUGUCAGACCCCCCUGCUCAGGGGACACCCGUCAGGAGAAGGCCUGCAACCUGUCCCAGUGUCCUAACGGCGGUGGGGUGUGUGUAGGGGACGACUGCGCCCAGAGGAACUGCACGUGGAUGGAGUGGGGCGAGUGGGCGGCGUGCUCGCGCUCCUGCGGCGUGGGUCAGCAGCAGAGGUUACGCACCUUCCUGACCCCCGGGGUCAACGGUUCCUGGUGUGAAGACAUACUGGGGGGUAACCUGGAGAAUCGCUUCUGUAACAUAAAGGCCUGUCGAGUGGACGGAGGCUGGUCUCGCUGGAGCCCCUGGUCUCUCUGUGACAAGCGCUGUGGGGGCGGGCGCUCCAUCCGAACCCGCUCUUGCUUCAGCCCCCCGCCCAAAAAUGGCGGGCGCAAGUGUGAGGGAGAGAAGAACCAGGUGAAACCCUGCAACACCAAACCCUGUGAUGAGAAGGGUUGCCCAGUGGGUCAGGAGGUUGUGCCCUGUGCCAACGAGUGUCCUCAGCGCUGCUCAGACCUCCAGCAGGGCAUCCAGUGCCAGGGCAACACAGAGUGCCAGCCUGGGUGCCGCUGCCCAAAAGGUCAGCUGCAGCAGGACGGGGUGUGUGUGCAGGUAUGGCAGUGUGACUGUGUGGACUCUUUGGGUCAGAGCUGGGCUGCAGGCAGCUGGCACCAGGUGGACUGCAACAAUUGCAGCUGCGCAGACGGACUGCUUUCCUGCACCAAUCAGAGCUGCCGAGAGGCCAGCUGCACAUGGAGCUCCUGGUCUAAUUGGGCGCCCUGCAGCACUUCCUGUGGGCGGGGCCAGAGAACCCGCUUCAGAUCUCUAAUACCAGAGCGUGAAGGAGCGGUUUGCCAGUUUGAGGAGGUGCAGCACAAGUCAUGUGACCCCGGGCCCUGCCCACCCCUCUGUGUCCAUGACAACCAGGAGCUGACCGUGGGAGACACGUGGUUGCAGGGAGAAUGUAAACAAUGCACAUGCACCCCAGAGGGAGACUAUUGCCAAGAUAUUGACUGUCGAGUGGAUGGUGGUUGGACGCCCUGGUCGGUGUGGUCGGACUGUCCUGUGACGUGUGGGCGGGGCACUCAAAUUCGGAGCCGGGCCUGUAUCAACCCUCCUCCCCGUAACAACGGGACAGACUGCAGCGGACCGGAGAGAGACGCCCAAGGCUGUCACACACCUCCCUGCCUCGAUGACCUUUGCCCUUGGUCACCAUGGUCCCGCUGCUCCCGCAGCUGUGGCGCGGGGGUGGUGUGGCGACGCAGGGUGUGUGUGUGUGAAGGAGAGGGGGAGGGCGCCUGCCCCCCUGAGGUAGAGGCGGAGAGGAACAGAGAGGAGACUCAGCUGUGCUACAAGAGACCCUGUCCAGAAUGUCCCAUGUCAGAGUGGACCGAGUGGUCCGCCUGCUACUGUGUGUCCCAGAGGCAGCAGCGUCACCGCGCACCGCUCUCACCAGCCACCAAGGGACAGCACUGUUCCAGUCUGGACACCCAGAGCAGAACCUGCACACUAGACCACUGUCAUGACUCUUGUGAGAAACCGUUCCAGUACUCUGAGUGUGGCUCCCCCUGUGAGAAGCAGUGUGCACUGCAGGGGCAGAAGGCACUGUGUGAGGGGAUACAGGAGUGUACCCCUGGCUGCUACUGCCCUCAGGGCUUGCUGCAGCAGAAUGGGACCUGUGUGGCCCUAGAGCAGUGUGGCUGUGUACACCUCCAACAUCAGGCCUCAGGGAGACCUGUCUCUGUGAUUGUGCCACAGGGGACCAUGGUCACUAUAGACUGCAGCACCUGCCUCUGUCAUAAUGGGACGCUGCAGUGUGACAUGCGAGAGUGUGAAGUCAUUCUCAGUGAGUGGUCAGAGUGGACCCCCUGCUCUCCGUGUGUGCCCGCCUCCCCCCUGCAGUCCUCCUCCUCUCCACAGGGUGGCGCUGCAUCCCUGGUGUCUGUCCAGCGGCGCUACCGAGCAUGUCUGGACCUGGACUCAGGCCAGCCAGUCUCAGGGGAGGAAGAGGGGGCACAGUGUACCGGGGAGCUGGAGGAGGAGAGGCUCUGCCCAGACCCCAAUGCAUGCAGAGACCUGUGCCAGUGGAGUGUGUGGAGUGUGUGGAGUGUGUGUCAGGAGCCGUGCAGCGGUGGGGUCAGACAGCGCCACAGACAGCCCCAGGCCUCCCCUCCAGGACCCCAGUGUCAAAAACAGCAGACCCAGACCAAGAGCUGCAACACUGGCCUAUGUCCAGGUGAGCGCUGUGAGGACAGGGGGCGGGUCUACCAGGCGUCUUGUGCCAAUCAGUGUCCCCGGAGCUGCACUGACCUCUGGGAGCAUGUGCAGUGUCUGCAGGGAGUCUGUCACCCAGGGUGUCGGUGCCCAGAGGGCUGGCUGCUGCAGGGCGGGGACUGUGUUGAGGUGACGGAGUGUCGCUGUGGGGUUCCCAUGGGCAACGGCACCCUGGAGAUCAGCCCUGCUGAGAAAGUCACACUGGACUGCAACACCUGUGUGUGUGAGAAUGGCACCCUGGUGUGCACUGACCUGCUGUGUCCCGUCUACGGCCCCUGGGGACAGUGGAGCGCCUGCUCAGAGUCCUGUGGGAUGGGACAGAGGAUGAGGAUACGUCCCUGCAAUGACACAGAAGGAGGGCCACCCUGUACUGAGACGGUCCACACUGAAACAUGUGUGCUGCCCCCUUGUCCAGCUGGGUGUGUGUUGAGUGAGUGGUCGUCUUGGAGUGAGUGCAGCGCCUCGUGUGGUGGAGGGGUGUCAGUGCGUAUCAAGACCGUCUUACAGGAGCCCCAGCCCGGGGGACAUGAGUGUCCUACUCCCUUAGAACAACAUACUGCCUGUCAAACCAACAGCUGUCUACCAGAGUGUCCAUCCAGUCAGGUGUUCAGCCAGUGUGCUGGCUCCUGCCCCUACAGCUGUGAGGACCUCUGGCCAGAGAACCAGUGUGUAUCUGGACCCUGUAUCCCUGGAUGCACCUGUCCCCCAGGCAUGGUGCUGUACAACGGAUCAUGUGUCCCUCAUGAUGCGUGUCCCUGUUCUCCGCACUCCCUCCCGGGGACCCUGAACAUGACCCUGGAUGACCCCGAAGGAGAGGUGGCCUCUGGGACGGUCUUACAACACCAGUGCAACACAUGUGUUUGUCAAGGAGGAGUAUUCAAUUGUACUGAGGACCCAUGCAAUGUGGACUGUGAGUGGGGUAGUUGGUCAGAGUGGAGUCAGUGCUCAGUGAGCUGUGGUUCUGGCCAGCGGAACUCCAGGCGGACCGUCUUUCAGCCUCAGCAAUACGAGGGGGCAGAGUGUGAGGGCCCGGCCCAGCGUACGGCACUAUGCAGGGCCCCUGAUUGUGCCUGUCCUGAUGGAGAGAGAUGGAGGAAGAGUGUAUCGGAGGCUCUGUCUGUGUGUGAGAGGAGCUGUGUAGAGAUCUACCUGACCUCCCCACUCAACUGCAGCGCCACCGAGGGGUGUAUGUGUAAGGAGGGGCUCUACCGAAACGCAGAGGGCCUGUGUGUGAUCCCCGCACUCUGCCCGUGUGAGGACCAGGGGGUGCUGAGAGAGGCUAGCUCUGAAUGGGAGGAGGGCUGCUUGGUGUGCCGCUGUGUGAACGGGCAGAAGUGGUGCCAAUCAGGAUGCCCACUGCUGCAGUGUGAAGAGGGGGAAGUGAAAGUGGAGGAACCAGGCAGCUGCUGCCCAGUUUGCAGGAAGGAGUUCCCUGGGGAGCCCGUAGCGGAGUGUCGCCGUUACACGGAGGUCAGGAACAUCACUAAGGGAGACUGUCGUCUUGACAACGUGGAAGUCAGCUACUGUAGAGGACGCUGUUUGUCCAAAAUUGACGUCAUUUUGGAGGAGCCUUACCUCCUGUCGCUGUGUGACUGCUGCAGCUACCGGUUGGACCCUGAGAGCCCCGUGCGCUUCCUUAGCCUCCUGUGUGACAGUGGGGAUAGUGAGCCCGUCGUCCUGCCUGUCAUACACAGCUGUGAGUGCACCAGCUGCCAAGGGGGAGAUCUGUCCAGACGCUGAGUGUGUGUGUAUAGGCCUAGUGUGUGUGUAUGCAGAGGGACAGACAGACAGACAGACGGGUGGACAGACCAGGCGUCCUGAUUUCCUGUGGUCCAUAGUCAUUAUAUGACUGGAUCAACUAUCAUAGAGUGCCUUCUGAAACUCUCAAAUCCUUUACACUGUAUCAACAAUCAUAGAGUACCUUCUGAAACUCUCAGAUCCUUUACACUGUACAGUGUGUUGCUACUUUUCUAAUAAAUCACUAGUGGUUUUUAUUAAAACA